AGGACUGGGAGGAUGCGUCAGGUGUAUAUAAGCCCGGGUGUUUGUGAAAGUGCAUCGAGUGACUAUCUUCAAGAGCCUCGCUAGGCGACUCGAACCACACAGUCAGGCGCAGAAACACAAAGGACAAGUUAUGAAUCGCAUCGUAGCCGCGUUGCUAGUGGCGGCCGCAGUCACGUGCUGUGCGCAUGCGUUCUGCUAUGACGCGCAGGUGGCCAAGGACCAGGCCUUCGACGAUUCCUUCGUGUGCCAGGACGACUUUCCAUAUCCAGCAGAUCUCAUAGCCUCCGACCUUCAGAACGCUGACCUGGAGACGCGCUACUUCUUGGACACCGCCACCUCCUGCUUCAACGAGACAGGCUACUUCACCAACAGCAAACAGGUGCCAGGUGAAUAUGCCUAUCAGUGCGUCUGCCCCACCCCCAGGAAGCGCGUCGACCGGGUGUAUGUGAACAACGAGGUGUGCUUUGUCGUCCACCCUGAGAAGCAAGACAUUCAGUACGCCAAGUGUGGCGGUCACUGCUCUUUCGACUACGGUACCCAGAUCGCCACUGCCCAGCGCGGCUACUACUGCGUCCACCAAGGCUUCACCUCCCGUCAGUUCCUCGUGUGGUGUCCGUCUACCCCUGUCGGCACCCGCCGGGUGGCUCGUGCAGCCCCUCGCCCAGCCUCCUACAAGGCCUACGGUCGCUUCCAGCGACUGACCAAGGUCCUGCCCACCCUCUGCUCCUGCCGCGGCUACUUCUGCGAAAACCACGUGGCCACGUUUAAACUGACCAUCAAUAGCGAACGAACACUUCUCACAAUGUGACGAAAUUUUAAGUAAGACGAUAUGAACUACAUAUCGGAGAUUAAAAACUUAAAGAAAGGAUUUUUAAAAUGAAGGCUUCUGCAGAAAAACUGUUUGGAAACAAAACAUAUGUAACAAGCACUUUCGUUGACACCAAGCAUGUUCACAGAAUAAGAUAAACUGGUUUCGGAUCUCAGGUGUAACAAUGUAUAAAGAACAAGUGCAAUAUUGUAACGACAAGACAACUGUACAUAAAGUAGUAAAUAACUGAACCCUGUACAUAAAUAUCUCUACAAAGUAUUUGUUCACAUGACUAAUUCUCCUCUAUGGAGAAUCAUUAAAAAAAAAUUGUUGACCAGUUGGAGCAGUUGCUCUCCAUUGAUCAUUAUUGACUAGUCCUUAGCCUUAUUGCCAAUCUAUUUGUACAAAGUGUGAAUCUAUGACAUCGAACCAUUUCAUUUUGUCCCUUUAAUUGUUACAUGAUUGUCCCUUCUUGUUUUAUGCUUGUUUUAUGUGUCAGCUGCAAUAAAAUUAUGCUUUCUUCAUUAA